GUUUUUUUCUUUCUUUUUUUUUACAGAUGCCAAAAUCAAAAGAAUUCAUUUCCUCUUCAGAAUCAGACUCAGAUGACCAGCCUAAACAAAAAAAGAAGAAGGUAGAAAAGAAAGAGAAAAAGGAGACCAAAAAAGAAGAAAAAUCAGCAUCUUCAAAAGGCCCAGGCGGCGAGCACAUGUUUCAGCUCUCGCGGAUGAGAUAUGCCACAGUCAGUGAGUUUCGAGGCAAUGUCAUGGUAGGAAUAAGAGAAUUCUAUGAUGCCGGGGGAGAACUCAAGCCAGGAAAAAAAGGUAUCUCAUUGACAAAAGAUCAAUGGAACAGAUUAAAAGAACAGAUUGAUGAAAUAGAUGAAGCUGUAAAAGAAUUCUCAUAGAGCUUUUUAGGAUAACGUCCUAAUUAUAAAUGUCUGGAAUUUCUGAAGAUUGUCGUCACGGAAGAUGGAACAAGUGCUCAUUUUUUUCAGUUUUGUUGUGAUAGAAAAGGAUUUUUUAUUCUUUUAUUUUUUUUCUUCAGUUAUCUAACACAAAAAUAUUUCAUACAGUAUAGGAAAACUCAUUUGUUUAUCUCUAGCAUCUUGGAUGUCAUCAACCAAUCAUGGUUUUUGAAAUACAUCUACAAUGUUGUGAGAGUAUGAAAGUUAUAAUUUAAUAAUGCAGACUUUACUUAUAUUCAUAAUUAACUACCGGUAAAUAGAGCCUUACACAGGAAAUGUGCACUAAGCGGUACAUGUAAUUUUUUUUUAAGUGUAUAGAAAAGUUAAAUUUUCAUGUAUAUUUUCAGAAAUUUAUACCCUUCCUUCCUUCAUUUCAUUUUUGAAAAAAAAUUUCAAAUUAUUCACUGAUACAUCUACCAGGUUUUUUUUUUUUCUUAGCCCUCCAGAAAUGUUAAAAACAAUGUUUUGCAAAUGCAGUUCUUGAUUUGUUUUUGAAUGAUAAUGCAAAUGCAGCAUUCAGAAUGCAUAGAAAUUUUGCAUCAACACAGCUAUGUUAAUAGCAACAUUUUUUUAUUUGACACUUGUAGGUAUAAUAUGCUUCGUUUUUUCUUUAAGAAUUCAGUUUUUGGAUGUUUACAUGUGGUGUCUAAUAAAUAUACUGUAUUUCCUU